AUGACCUCCGUCACUCCUUCCGAAGCAUCGUUCAUCUUGGUAGGACCAGAAACCUCUCAAACCUUGAAUGAGAGAAGCCCUAUUUCCGACAUUGCUCCUAGUAUACCCACAGGGAGGCCAUCAAUACCAGAGCAACAUCUUUCCAACGACCUUUCUUAUGCUGUUGGCUCGACACCAUCUUACGCGCAUGAUUGGUCCUCCUCGGGCGUCGGAGGAAAGUUACAAAUCCAUGGUCGCCACUUCGUUGACGCGUACGGACGGGUGUGCGGGCUAAGGGGUGUGAAUCUUGGAGGAUCUUCCAAGACUCCAGUUAAUCACGACCACGACAUCUUUCCUGCGAACCACGAAACCGUGACAUUUGUUGGAAGGCCAUUUCCUUUAGAGGAGGUCCAUGAACAUCUGUCAAGGCUGAGGAGAUGGGGAUUGACUUUCGUGCGCUUCCUCGUCACCUGGGAAGCGGUUGAACAUGCAGGGCCUGGAAUUUACGAUCAAGAAUACUUAGACUACCUUCGUAGCAUUCUCAUUCUUCUCCCAUAUUACGGGAUGACUGCAUUCGUCUCUUUGCACCAAGACGUAUGGUCUCGUUAUUCUGGAGGCUCUGGCGCUCCGGCGUGGACACUGGAAGCGGUUGGAUUUGACCUUCAUGCCCUUGAGGAAUCUGGCGCUGCGUGGCUCUUGGGUGUCAAAGGUGGAGGCCACACUGAAGCUGAGCGCGGCAUCUGGCCAUGUGGGUAUCAGAAGUUGGCCGCAGCGACCAUGGCAACCUGUUUCUGGGCCGGCGACACUUUUGCGCCCAAGCUGCGUGUGAAGUCCAAAGACGGUAAAGAGAUGUCCGUACAGCAAUUCUUGCAGAACGCAUUUUUAGAUAUGUGGGAGACCGUUGCGCGCACUGUUGGAGAUCUGGACGGUGUGAUUGGCUUCGAAUUGAUGAACGAACCUCAUAGAGGAUAUAUCAAUCUCCCCUCGUUACACGAAUUCGACUAUAACACAGACCUGCAUCUAUCUCACGUCCCCUCCGCUCUCCAAUCAUUUUUGUUAGGCUCAGGAUAUCCAACCACUGUCGGGCAUUGGACUCGCUCUUUCCCAAUGCCGACUCGUCUGACCUCCAACAGUGUUCUGAAUUCUGCGAGCCGAAAGGCAUGGCGCGCCGAUGGACCGACAGGCGGCAAAUGUAUAUGGGAGAUGCACGGAGUGUGGGGUUACGAUGCUAAGAAGAAAGAUGGCAUCGUUCUAAGGGAAAACUAUUUCGUCAAGGAGCCGAUGACGGGAAAGAAGGUUGAUUGGUACACUGAUUUUUAUUAUCCCUUUAUCAAUCAAUGGACGAACAGAGUGCGGAGUGCAUCUCUCAGCGAAAAGAUGGUAUUUUUGGAACCUAUACCCAACGAAUUUUGUCCAUCUUCUUGGACUCCCGACCAGCAACCCGCCAACAUGGUUUACGCUCCACAUUGGUAUUGCUUGAAUACUUUGUUUGCGAAGGCAUACGGUGAGUUCAGUGUCAACGUGCAAGGCUUGUCGCGGGGGAUGUUCCCCUUGAGGGCAUUUUAUUGGGGACACCGCGGAGCUCGAGACAACUUCUCAUUGCAAAUACGCAACAUCGUUGAGGCUGGAUACAAAGUGCUAGGCGAAAAACCUGUGAUCAUCGGCGAGUGCGGUGUACCAAUGGAUUUGAACAAGGGCGAGGGAUUCAAAACAAACGAUUUCAAGUGGCAAAGGCGCAUGAUGGAUGCCAUGAUCACGGGCCUCGAGCGAUCACUCGUUGGAUUUACGCUGUGGAAUUACAAUCCUGACAACGACGACGUCAAAGGCGACAACUGGAAUGGCGAAAACUUCUCUUGGUUCAGCCGCUCGCGCUCCCUGUCCGCCUCAGAGCUCUCAUUUGAACAGAACUCUGAGGGAUUGGACAAAGGAGGUCGAAUCCUCGAGUCCGUGGUACGGCCGUAUCCCGCCAAGACUGCCGGCAUCCCUGUGCAUUUCGAGUACGAAAUGUCCACGGGCACGUUCACAUACGAUUGGGCCGUGCCGCUCACGGGACCCCCGCCGGCAGACGACGUUCGCCCAAGCUCUGGCAGCAUUCAUUUCCCUCCUGUCUACGGCCAUCCCGCCAUCACCGCUCGCGAGACCGAAAUUUUCGUACCAUCCAUGCUCGUCAAAGGACGGAGAAUGACCAUCCGCGGGCUAAUGACAGAGGAUAAGUAUGUCUACGACGAAGAUAGGCAGACCCUGUUUAUCUUGGUCGACAAUCUGCGGCCCGGACAGAUAUAUUCUAUCACUGUCUCGUUCGAUCCCCCACACAGCGGAUUCGAGGUCAACAGCUUCUGGUCGGACUUUGGAAAGUGGAUUCUAGCUGUUUUCGCUGCUCUCGUCGCCCUGCUGUUGUUCUCUGCGUGAUCUAUGUACUAAUACCGCUGCUGCUCCUCUAUCGUCUUGAAAGCAAUGAUAUAGCUUAGGGCGGUCUUCUAUUCGACUGCCUAUUGUCAUACCUAAGUCC